GCAAGGAAAACGCCACCAUUCUUCCCUCAAACUGAAACCAAACCAUUCCUCACACACAAAAUGGGUCAAGAAAUCAAUCCCCAAACCAACGGCUUCCACCACCACCUAAACGGCGACGGCGACGGCGACCGCCCUGACCUCCUCGUCCUCCGCCCUGGCCUCCUCUUCAAGGUGUUCGAGCAGGAAUUCCUCGCCAAAUUCAACGUCCUCAAGGCCUUCGAAUCCCCUCUCCCCCUCGACAAGUACCUCCGCGACCACACUCAGUCAGCGCGCGCCAUCCUCUGCGAGGCCAUCGUCACGCGGAUCACGGCCGACCUCCUCCUCCAGCUCCCGGCGCUCCAGCUCGUCGUCGCCGACGGCACCGGCGUCAACCACAUCGAUCUCGCCGAGUGCCACCGCCGCGGCAUCUCCGUCACCAACACCGGCGACGUCUUCUCCGAGGACACCGCCGACUACGGCGUCGGCCUGCUCAUCGACGUCCUGCGCCGCAUCAGCCGCGCCGACGCCUUCGUCCGCCGCGGCUCCUGGCCGCUCACCCCCGAGUUCCCUGUCGGUCGCAAGGUGCGAGGCAAAAGAGUUGGAAUAGUAGGGUUGGGCAACAUCGGCACCAAAUUAGCAAAAAGGGUGGAGGCAUUCGGGUGCAAAGUCUCAUACAAUUCAAGAACCAAGAAGCAAUCGGCGGCCUACGAUUUCUAUCCUACGGUGGUGGACCUCGCAUCGCAAUCCGACAUCUUAAUAAUUUGUUGCUCGCUCACCGAAAAGACACGUCAUAUCAUAAACGAGGAGGUGCUAGGAGAGAAGGGCAUCCUUAUCAACAUAGGGCGAGGCCCAAUUGUUGAUGAGGAGACACUGGUCAACUACUUGGUCGACGGCAAGAUCGCCGGCGCAGCCAUCGAUGUCUACGAGAAUGAGCCACGUGUCCCCUCCCAGCUCUUCCGGCUGGACAACCUGGUGUUGUCGCCUCAUCGCGCCGCCUUCACCCAGGAAGCCUUCUUCGACGCCUUCAAGAUUGUCAUGGGGAAUUUAGACGCCUUCUUCUCCAAUACAUCUUUGCUCACUCCCCUUAAUACUAAUGAAUGAUUCUUUUUUUUUUAAAUAAAUUAAUUAAUUAUCAACACUGUAUUUAAUUUUUGGGAUAAGUAUACUGGAUUUGGAAAGAAAGGGUUGUAAUUGACGAAAUUUCCUGUUUCAUAAUUAGUUCACAAUACAUGGUCAAGCUUGGCUUGUUGAAGCCUUGAAACUAGUACUAAUAUUAUUGCUACUUUUAUGGGGAUCAUUAUUUUGGAGUUUUCAUGUUUUAUUUGAAUUACAUAAAUAUAUUAUUGCCGGUAUUACUACAAAUUUGAUCACUAUCGAGAAUGCAAAGGCCUAUUUUUUAGGGCUCGUCUGGUAGCCCUCAUUUGCUGUGAAACCCAACUUCCAUCACGCCUAAUCCACCGUUUGGUACGCCUCACACCAAUCGGCCGACCCGGAAAACAACAGUCGGGUUUCAGGCUUUCACAUACUACUAUCGGCGCAUUUGAGUCAACUCUAUCAAGCUGAAAUUUGGUCGUCGGUGUGCGAAUCGACAUUCGCCGGUGUCGGACUCUUUUCAAUUCCGGUUCGUUCGCAUUACCUUUGUCUGGAAUAGAAGACCCAAGGCAGAGAAAGCGAAAGGAGGUGGAGGCCGCGAUAGUCAUGAUUGAGGACAUUAUCCGUGACCAUCAACAGAACUACUUGACCAUUUUAAAUAUGGUUAGCAGCUUGUUAUACAAUUCGAACAAAGCCCGAGAUGAGGAAACACGGGGGUCUUACAGCAUGUCAGAAAAAAUUCCAGCUCAAGUCUCACAUAUGAACCGGCUUACUGGGGUGACUGACGUGGACUGCAUCAACAAUCUGCGUAUGGACCGCAAUGCAUUUGGGCGCCUAUGUCGCAUUCUUCGUGAUAGGUGUGGAUUAGUUGAUCAAAGGUAUGUUCGCGUGGAGGAGCAGGUUGCAAUGUUCCUUAGCACUCUGGCUCAUCACACAAAAAAUCGUGUUGUUGGGUUCCAAUUUCUUCGGUCAAAACAUACUGUGAGUCGCUACAUCCAUGAGGUUAUGCGCGGGGUUAUUCAUCUGCACCGAACCCUAUUCGUGCAACCGUCUCUGGUCGAUGACAGUUGUGACAAUCCAAGAUGGAAAUGGUUUAAGGGCUGCCUAGGUGCACUAGACGGGACGUACAUUAAUGUCCGUGUUAGUACAACAGAUGCUCCUCGGUAUAGGUCUAGGAAGGGUGAAAUCGCAACGAACACACUAGCCGUGUGCGACAGGUUUAUUCGGUUUGUGUACAUUCUAUCGGGAUGGGAGGGGUCCGUUGCAGAUUCAAGGGUUCUGAGGGAUGCUGUUACUCAACCCAAUGGUCUCAAAGUUCCUAAAGGUUCGUACUAUUUGUGUGACAAUGGGAUGCCAACAGCGAAGGUUUCCUAACACCUUUUAAAGGCGUGCGCUACCAUCUCAAGGAAUGGGGCCCUAACAAUCAGAGACCAGCCUCACCCAAGUAAGUGUUCAACAUGCGACAUACAAUGGCCCGUAAUGUCAUCGAGCGUGCGUUUGCAAUUCUGAAGAUGCGAUGGGGUAUAUUGCGCAGCGCUAGUUUCUACCCAAUCGAAACUCAAACCCGUCUGAUUAUGUGUUGCUUCCUCCUGCAUAAUUAUGUUCGAGGGGAAAUGGGUGUGGAUCCGGUUGAAGUAGAACUAGAUGCACUACACGGAGAUGGAGACGGGUACCAUGAGGGUGCGCAGUCAGAACCACCAGCUGAAGUCCAGUUUGUCGAUACAAUUGAAGCGUCACCCGGUUGGAAUCAAAAGCGUGUUGAUAUGGCGAACUACAUGUGGGAGAAUUAGUAGGUGUUAGCUGAGUCCUUGUUGUUUAGUUGAUCGAACCGUGAUUUCAGUAUACCGCAAUAUGCGGUAUACCGCGAUUUCGUUCUUAUUGUGGAAUGAUUUAAGCUCAGUAGCUAGUGUUGAAUGGUUAGAUUUGUGUUCUUA